GGGCUCAGCCGCUCAGCAAAGUUAGUUAAACUCGCGGGGGAAAUAGUAAAGUAGAGGGACUGCAAAUUUAGUCGGACUCUGAGGUGUUCGCAGAUCAAGAGUAAAAUUGAGAGAGAGAGGGAGAGAGAGAGAGAGAGAGAGAGAGAGAGCGAGAUGUCAACUCGAGUGGGGGAUCUGAAUUGUAUGGUCGGCUACAAAUAUGCAAAGCUCAACGGGGAUUCUGUUUUAGCUGAAUUCUAGGGCUUCUGAUGCAGCUCCUGUGAUUUUUGCGUCUGGCAGAAGGAGGAAUAUAUGUCUUCUCCAUUUAACACUGUUCCAUUCGCUUGCAGUCCAGGUGGUGUAGGAAGACUUCAGUCUAAUUGUGCUUGAAUGACUUGCUUAAAGUUCAGCAUGGUGUAUGAGAUUUCACCGACAGUCACCUAGGAAAGCUAGGUCAGGUAUCAUGCACUCAUCAUGGAGAUCAGUGAAAGGUUUGAAGAGAAGGUUUUCUGGAAUGGAGAUGUAUAUCUUGGUAGUUUUAGGGGAUUGCUUCCCCAUAGCAAGGGGAAAUAUACAUGGUCAGAUGGAACAGUAUAUGAUGGUGAUUGGGAGGAAGGGAAAAUGACAGGGAAAGGACAGAUUUUUUGGUCAUCAGGAGCCACAUAUGAGGGUGAUUUCUCAGGGGGUUAUCUUCAUGGUUCUGGCACAUAUACUAAAUCUGAUGGGUCUAAUUACAGAGGGGUCUGGCGGAUGAACAUUCAGCAUGGGUUUGGAAGGAAGCAGUAUAGUAAUUCAGAUGUAUAUGAAGGUUCAUGGAAAGAGGGAGUAUUUGAAGGCAGUGGUAGGUAUGAUUGGAGUACAGGAAAUACUUACAUUGGGAAUUGGAAAUCUGGUAAAAUGUGUGGUAGAGGGGUUAUGAAAUGGGCUAAUGGUGAUCUUUAUGAUGGCUUUUGGUUGGACGGGUUUAGACAUGGCUCAGGCUUUUACAGAUUUGCUGAUGGUGCUUAUUAUUUUGGAACAUGGACUAGAGACCUAAAGGAUGGACCAGGAACAUUCUAUCCUGCUGGAACUAAGCACCCAUCUUUAACAACUUGGUCUAGCUCUGUAGGAUAUGAUGUUAAGAGAAGAAAGGCACUGUCCCAUAGUUCAUCAUUGAAUUUGGGGGAGAGCAGGGCUCCAAAGCCAAGCGUUAAGCGCAGUUUUUCUGAGAAAUUUUCUAUUGGUGGGUUGUUAAGAAGUUCUGGACGAAUUUCUCAUGGAUCUACAUCUGUAAAUGAAGAUUGGAGACACUGUGAAUCUGCGAGAGAAUUUUCAUCACAUGACACCUCUUGCAUGUUAUCUCAAAUAUCUAAUGGAGAUCAAUAUGAGAGUCAGGAUAAUAGUUCUUUAGUGUAUGAAAGGGAAUACAUGCAAGGAGUUUUGAUCAAAGAGAAGGUUAGGAAUAAUGUGAAAGUAUCACACAAAAGUAAGCAGCAAAGUAAAUUUCACGUGAGAAAAGCAGGAAAUGGGUCGUGUUUUGACAUUUUUGGACACCAUCAGAGUUAUUAUUUGAUGCUUAAUCUGCAACUUGGUAUCAGGUACACUGUUGGCAAGAUCACACCAGUGCCUAUGCGUGAGGUCCGAUCUUCUGAUUUUGGCGAUCGAGCUAGAAUAAGGAUGUAUUUCCCAAGAAAGGGUUCCCAGUUUACACCUCCACACUAUUCUAUUGACUUCUAUUGGAAGGAUUAUUGUCCUAUGGUCUUCAGGAAUUUGAGGGAGAUGUUCAAGUUAGAUGCUGCAGAAUACAUGAUGUCCAUCUGUGGUGAUGAUGGUUUGAGAGAACUUUCUUCUCCUGGAAAAAGUGGCAGUAUUUUCUAUCUUUCUCAAGAUGAUAGGUUUGUGAUUAAGACUUUAAGAAGAUCUGAACUGAAGGCACUACUAGAGAUGCUGCUCAAGUAUUAUGAUCAUGUGAAACAGCAUGAAAAUACUCUUAUAACAAAAUUUUUUGGGCUCCAUCGUAUAACACUAAAAGGUGGAAAGAAGGUACGUUUUGUGGUCAUGGGGAAUAUGUUUUGCACAGAAUUACGAAUUCAUCGUCGUUAUGACUUGAAGGGGUCAUCACAAGGAAGAUACACUAAGAAAUGUGAAAUUAGUGGAAGUACCACUUUGAAAGAUCUUGAUCUUUCAUAUGAAUUUCAUAUGGACAAAUCAUUGCGAGAGUCUCUUUUUAAACAAAUCUCUCUAGACUGCAUGUUCUUAGAAUCUCAACAGAUAAUUGAUUACAGCCUUCUUCUGGGAUUGCAUUUUAGAGCUCCUGAGCAUCUAAAGACACUGCACAGUCAUGGGAGUUCACCUGCUAGUGAUGGUGCAACCUCACAAGGGGAGUUCUUGAUUCCUCCGAGCAGUCUUCUUCUAGUAACCCACGAACCCAUCUUUGCGAACACAUUAAGAGGUUCUCACAUUAGAGGAAGUACAUUGAGAGCAUUUUCUGUAGGUGACCAAGAGGUUGACCUUUUGGUGCCUGGUGCAGGGAGGUUACCGGUUCAACUGGGUGUGAACAUGCCUGCUCAAGCUAGUCACAAGCUUGUGGAAGACGAGAGUGAUUCAUCUGAGGUUGAACUUUUUGGAGUUUAUGAUGUUGUUCUUUAUCUUGGUAUAAUUGAUAUAUUGCAAGAAUAUAAUAUGAAAAAGAAAAUCGAGCAUGCAUACAAAUCUCUGCAUUUUGACCCCCUGUCGAUUUCUGCUGUCGAUCCCAAGUUCUAUGCGAAGCGUUUCAUCGACUUCUUAGAAAAAGUUUUCCCCGAUCAAUCAUGAAGAAGGGGGAUAUUUCGUCUCUGUUUUUAUCAUUCCACCUAAUGCUUUGUACUUUACAAGCUUUAUUAACACAAUUCUUUCCCAAUCAUUCAUUGUAAACUGAAUUAUUAGAUUAGUGCAUCAUCCUGCUACUUUUAUAUAUUAAUAUUACGGUGAUUGAAAUUUCUUCCA